AUGGUUAUACGCGGCCGGGGGCGUCGGGGCGCUGAGCUGAGCGCGGCCCCCCCGCAGGUGCCGGUGACCUUCGAGGACGUCGCGGUGCACUUCAGCGCGCAGGAGUGGGCCCGCCUGGACGAGGGGCAGAAGGAGCUCUACGGGAGCGUCAUGCAGGGCAACUACGAGACGCUGGUUUCCCUGUGUAGGACUCGCUUUGCACUCCUUAGGCAGCAGCCCGCGCAGCUCCCUCGGGGUCAUUUUCCUGCCCCUUUGCGUUCCCGUGGGAUUUGCAGCCCUCCAACGCUCUCCUCGGCUCCUAGUCGCCGCUGGAGGCGGGCGGAGGCUGCCGGACGCACGCAGCGGGCUGUGUCUCUCCUCGGGGAGAACAGACUGCGCCCUGUGCAAGCCCGAGCUCCUGGCUUGCCUGGAGAGAGGGGAAGAGCCGUGCGCGCCGGCGCCAGCCGAGCUGCGGCGAGCGGAGACGCCGGCGGAGCCUCCGGCCGGUACGGGCCCUUCGCCCUCCUUGGCAGGACGGGCCCUGGGGAGCCGCAGCCGCGGCCUUCCCUGCAGCAACACGAGCUGCAAGGGGAGCCCUGCGGCUCGGAGACGCGCGUGGCCUUGCCAGCAGAUGCAGUGGUGGGGAUCGCAGCAGAGACGCAGCGAGCGGAGGGCGCUGCAGAGAAGCUGCCCACGCCUGAAGUGCCUUUGGAAAAGCUGGAAGAGGAGGAUGACAGGAAUUCAGGGAAUGAUGGCUGGGAUGCAGUGAGCGAUGCUCCUGAAGAUGCAGGGACCUUCGUGGAGAGCUCGUGCGCGAGCAGAACCGCGGCCUGCCAGCGCGGCAACAGCCGGAACAAGUUCUACGUGUGCCCCGUGUGCAGCAAGAGCUUCCUGCUGCGGAUCAACCUGCUGCUGCACCAGCGGAGCCACUGGGUGCCCUACAUGUGCACGCACUGCGGCGGCAGCUUCACGUCCAAGAAGCAGAUCCAGCACCACCUGCACGCGCCCUACACCUGCGGCGAGUGCAUGGAGAGCUUCUCCAGCCAGAGCGUGCUGAAGCUGCACCAGCGGAUGCACGCGGAGCAGCACCUCGUCCUGUGCCCCUGCUGCGACCGCAGCUUCGCCCGGGCCGCCGACUUGGCGCGGCACCACCGCGCGCACGCGCGCGAGCGGCCCCACCAGUGCCCCGAGUGCCAGAAGAGCUUCAAGAAGCGCCACAGCCUGGCCCUGCACCGCAGGAGCCACGUGCUGCCCGCGGGGCACGACGCCGCCGCCGCCGCCGCGCUGCCCGAGCCGCCCCUGGAGCUCUACCGCCUGCCCGCGCUGCCGCUCGGUGAGAGCAUCGUCAUCAAGCUGGAGGAGCAGCCGCCGCAGGAGGAGGGCUCCGCGCUGCUGCUGCCCAUGGCCGCGCUGGACCCGGAGCCGCCGCGCAGCCAGGAGCCGAACGGCUCCUUCAUCUGCUCGGCGUGCGGCCGCAGCCUGGCGCACCACGCGGCGCUGCUGCGGCACCAGCGCCUGCACACGGGCGAGCGCCCCUUCCAGUGCCCGGCGUGCGGCAAGAGCUUCAACGAGAAGUCGCACCUCACCAAGCACUACCGCAUCCACACGGGCGAGCGGCCCUUCCGCUGCGCCGUCUGCGGCAAGGGCUUCAUCCAGAAGCACCACCUGCAGAAGCACCAGCACAUCCACGGCGCGCAGCUGCUCUACCGCUGCAUCGAGUGCGCCGAGAGCUUCCCGCUGCAGGCCUCGCUCGAGGAGCACCAGCGGCGGCACACGCAGCAGCGGCCCUUCCAGUGCAGCGGCUGCAGCAAGAGCUUCCGCCACCGGCAGUCCCUCAACCACCACCAGAAGGUGCACGCGGCCGCCAGCUGCCCCCGCGGAGCCGCCUGCUGA